AUGGUGGACGAGAAAUGGGUCAGCCAGCUGGUGGAAAAAAUGAUGUUUCCCCUGCUAGAGCCCAUGGCGGAAAAAGUGGGAGUGAAGUUGCCGCGGGAUCCCAAUGGGGAUCUGUUCACUAUUCCAUUGUCAAGCCUUCCCAGCGAAAGUCCUCCAGAAUCUGAGCCCCAGCUGUGCAGAUCUUGCGCAGGUAUGAAUAUGGAGGCACUCACAAGUCGCACCGGCUAUGAACACUCGGAGGACAUCAGGACAUUUUUACAGUCCGUACGCACGUGUCCCUUGUGUGAUAUGAUUCAGCGACAGAUGCUUUGGGCGAUACGUUUUCACGCUAAAGAAGAACAUGACGAUGACCCCAUGAAGGCGCUCGGAAUAUUCAGCGUUUUCAUGGCAAAGGAUGACCUUUUCUUGCAUUAUCCCAUUCCACUUGUUUUGAAAAUUGACAAAGGGUGGCAUGGUAAAGGUAUGAAUAGAUUCAUCGUUGCGGGAACCAUUGUGUUUUCUGCAAAGGAAGGGGCCGAUGCUUGGGCCUGGUAUUGGGGAAGGAAUUUGCUUCAUGAUAAUGACGAAACAAGCGUACAACCUGUUCGACCGAGAGGGACAGAGCAAGAAGUUCUUGGCCGUCUAUCAAUCUGGCUGAAAGAGCGAAUCAAGGAAAUACCUGACUGGAGUGACGCAGGGAGCGAAAAGCCAUUACCCACGCGUGUCAUCGACUUGGGGGAAGGUCCCUGGGAUACGGAGAACCGAGCUUCGAUGGAAUCAGAUGUCCGUCUUAUCGAAACAACAGGUCAAGAUGGCUACUACGUAGCACUCAGUUACUGUUGCGGCGGCGCUGUCCGUUUCCGAACCUUAAGAUCCAACUACCGGGACAGACUUCAGAACAUUCGGUUUAAGGAUCUCCCAAAAGCUUACGCAGAUGCCAUCAAAGUGACACGAGGCUUGGGAAUCCGUUACCUGUGGAUUGAUGCGCUUUGCAUUAUACAGGAAGAUACUGAGGACUUUCUUCGUGAGGGUGCUCGGAUGUCAGAUAUCUACUGGAACACGAAAUGCAGAAUCGCAGUCAACGAUAAUAAGAGUCCCGAAGCUGGCUUUUUCCCUCCAAAGCAAGCCCCGGUUUCUGUCAGGCUUGCUAAUCUCGACUCCGACGAGGAUGGUCUUAAAAUGUACCUCACGAACAUGAGGUCAUAUGCUAUCGAGGUUGAUAGAGGUCAUCUGAACACGCGCGGUUGGGUCCUACAAGAGCGACUGCUCGCACCUCGAACUAUUCACUUUACCGGAGACUACAUGUACUGCGAGGAUCAAGACGAUCUAUGUGGCGAAGACUGGAUUCGGCGCUACUCAACAUGGCUCAGUAGCGUCCAUAAGACCUCAGACUUGACCCAGAUCGACAUUUUCAGCGAGCGAAAUUUCAGUUCGAGCAACAACGCGGUCAAGAAUAUGAAGGAGCAGAAUGUUUGGUGGCAACGUUCAGUGGGAUAUCGGCGAUCAGAGAGUCAGAUCGUACUGGAUCCUUGGCUGCGGGUCGGCGAGAUCUUCAGCAGAUGCCAGCUGACAUUCGAUACGGAUAGACUGAUAGCCAUAGCCGGAUUGGUCAAAAAGAAACAGGAGCUUGGGCAGGCCUCCGACACCGAUACUGAAGAUGAAGAGCCAUUACCGAACCGGAAUUUCCUUGGAUUGUGGCAGAAUACCUUACACAUUGAGCUUUGUUGGGUGGGGACAGGUGACAGCAAGCUCCAAUUCUUAGACGCUUUGAACUUGCCCUCCUGGGCCUGGAUCGCCCACAAAGGACGCAUUGUUUUCACUCGAGAUCGUCGAGUAUCGCGUGAUCCUGGUCCCGUUCGAUCGCCCCCUUCUUGUGAGUUUGAGCUCAUCAGUAGUGAUGUUCCCGACAUCGUAUCGGCGCUGCCCUUGAAAGAACCAGCAUCCCUGAAGAUUCGAGCUCGCCUGCGCAAAAUUCCUUCAAUUUCACAAACGGUCACGACAUACUGCACACAGGAGCAGACUCGUGAAGGGCUGGCUGAAUCUUCGCCAUUCUUCUUCGCGGAGGAAACGGGAACAAUACCGAUAGCGAUAGCAACUCUCAGUGAAUGCCAGGAGAUAUUUGAUGACGAGGACAGGCUCAUUGGUUUUGUGUCGUUUGACGGGCAUACGGUUUUUGAGGAGGAUUUGUUCUGUGCUCAUAUAUCGACCUUGAACGAGGACUCGGGCACGCCGAUACUUGCAUACGCACUCAUUUUGACUCGUUUGAAGAAUGACGACACAGCUUUUAGACGGGUUGGCCUUGCUGAGCUGAACCAUGAAUGGACCACAGGGGGAGAAGAUAUCACGAUGAGCUUGAUGUGA